AUGCAACAGCGAGGGUUCAAUGACCUUCCGAAUGAGUUGAUCCACGAAGUCUUCGAGUACGUGGACGUAGCACGGCCCAAAUACCCACCGAAGAACAGGGCGGAGGAUGUAUUUUAUAUUCUUGCACGCCUCAGUCGUCGCAUGAAACCAAUAGCGCUGAAUUUUGCAAGGCGGCAUCGAUACUUCAAGAACAUCGACGAGUUUGAAGACUUUCAGCAAGAGAUAGAUGCUUGGAGCUCCAGGAAUUAUGUUGAAGAAGUGGAAGAAUGUGAAAACUUCAAGGUGACAAUGACUAUCUGUAUUGGCCGUGUUCCAUACCUUUACGGCCUGUACACGUUCGAUCGCUACUACGACAAGUUCUUUUUCAGCUGGGACUGGUUCCAAUGGCCUAAUCUUGUCUCAUUCGAAUGUGUUGAUGCCGUGACAACUCCUGGAUACAACUUUGAGGCCCUUUCCGCGUCCUCUUCCGGGCUGCGAAACCUCGUCUUGCUCUGGCGAUGCAACCUGCUAUUCCCAGAAAUCGGCCCCUUCCCCAAACUGAAGACACUACGGCUGUUCAUGGUAGAUGUAGACAGGAACGGCACUCUUCGUCCGUCGCCACCUAUUGGGACCUAUGGCAGCCUUCGCACGCUGGCGAUCCACGAGCUAUACUCCUUCGAUGCCAUUGAACGCUGCUGUCGCGGACUCUCAUUUCCCAACCUGCGCGUCCUGAAGCUAACAUACGUCGAAGGUCAACCAUCAAUAAUUUACGACUUCGUCCAACGCCACUCUACACUCCUCGAAGUGAAUAUAUGCUUCUCAAAUACAUGGGACGAGGCUUCGCCGUUGCGACUCGAGGCUCUGCUCAAACUCAUCGACGGUACAGGCACAUGGGUUAGACCGAGCGAAGGCAGCGGACUCCCGGUGGACCAGCCUUCCCUCAAGGACGUGGACGCGCAGUCGCCUACUAGGCCCCCAUCCUGGAAGGAGUCGUAUGGUGUUUUCUAUGAAUUCGCAUUCUCCCGUCGCCCGUUGUCUCCAGAGGCAUCCCGCUGGCGGUCGUCCACCGGUUCUCCGCACGCAAGAUUCAAGUGCACUGCCUUUGCGGUCAACUGGAUUUGGCCCGGCGCUAAUGAGGCCGCACAUGCCCAACCUCGAACGGAGCAUGUACUCACGGAUCCCGUCGAGUUUGUUUGUAAUCCGCCACACUUCCAAGACCACUUCUGGAGCGAUGUACAGCAGCUUCGGCUCGCUUCGGAGUUGAUGAGGAAUCGAGAGAUAGACUACCACGGCAUAAUGCGUCUGAUUGCGGAAAGCCUUAGCCUCAAAUGGCCCAGGCUACGCUGUCUGGCGGUGUAUUGGCCCAAAGACGAGUGCCUUUGGCAUCUCCCCCAUUCUGACGAGCCGGAAGACUCCACCGCGUGUCGCAAGAACGCAACGCUGUUCCUUGAAAAGGUUUUCCCGCCUGCCUUCGAGUUUCUCGGAACUCGACCUAUAUACCCGCGCGAGGAGGAUCCUCGUCUUGAAGACGCAGUGAAAGAGGUUCUGCAGCUUCCGAAGGACGCCGAUCUGGACAAGGGCGAUCCUGAUUUGCUUCUCUCUGCCUGGAAAGCGAGGAAUUACGUUGUCGCAUCGGAAGGCAUACGGCUCUUGGCCUCCGCGCACAAACUGCUCGAAGAGGUCGAAUGGUAUGCGGCUCAGGAUUUAGAAUCUCGCGGCGUGCUCCGGUGGGUCUGGAAGAUCUUGCGGCAUCCGGAUGGGUCAGUGAAAGACGUCGUGGACGACCUGUCAUGGACAGGAUGUAAGAAAGGGAGCCCUCCGCCGCUAUUGGUGUUGGUAGGGCAGGAGCUGGAGUUCGCUUACCGGGAUGCUGAAGG